AUGCCACCCAAGAAAGGCGGCAGCAAAGCCCCAGCAGGCAAACAGCUUAACGACGUGACGAAGUCCGAGUUGCUUGACGAGAUUAGAGCACCCAAAUUCACCGGGAACAAGUGCAUGAGAUGCGACGAGUUCAACCAUGGUCAUAUCAACGAAUGCAACGCCAACGCCAAUUCCAAGCACUGGUCGAAGGGUCUUGGUAACUUCGCGGACAAGCAGGCUGUGGAGAAGUUGUUUCAGACCGAACGUGCCAAGCUCAUUGCGGACGGAACAUACACUCCUGUCAAGCAAGUAAGCAAGCCUGUCGCGCAGAAUCAACCCAAACCCGACAAUAAGAUGAAAAGCGAACCUCAGAAUGUUGAGUCUACUAUUCCGGAAGACCCCGCAUCCAGCAGCGCACUGAACGAAAAGCCCGCGACGCCCGUCAAGAAGAGAACGCCUAUCGAGACUGAGAAUGUUGGCAAGCUUAUUUACACAAAAGACGAGACAAAAGCCGAGAAUGUCCAGGCUGAUAUACCCAAAGAUGGCCUAGCGAACGUCGCAACACAGCACGAAGGUCCAGAACCGGCGGAAGGCGAGUUCAAAGUGAUCACAAAUUAUGUGCAAGUGCGCAAGGUACCUUCUCGACUCUUUACAUAUGCCUUGACCUUCUAUAGGCCAAGUCGCGACCCAAAGAAGCCCAACGCCCGCGUAGAGCUCAACAAGCGGCAAGAGAUUGGACGUGUAUUCGAUGCGAUGAUCGAGGAAGAUGUGUUGGAACUGACCAAGAACCGGAAGACAUGGGCAACCGACUACAAGAGUCUUUGGUGCGACACUGCUCUCGAGGGUUCUCACGGAGAUCAGGAAGAGUGGGAUACGGCAACUUUUGACUGCAAACUCCUUGAUGGUCGAACAUAUGCAGACAUCUACGCAACUGUGAGGAAAGGUGUAGUCUUGGGCGAUAUCGACGGCGUCCUUCGUAAGGAACACAUCACCAAAAGCGCCGACUACAUUCGGGCUCUGAAUGCUCAUGUUGCGAAAUGUGUCCGCAAGUACAACGAAGAGGAGGACCGAUCGAUUACUCAGCUUGGCGCGAACAAGUUCUACCUUGAUCGAGGUUUCACCGAAAUGGUCGAUAAGAACUCCAACAGCCUGGGCUUGCGCGCAGUCCGCGGGUACUACAUGUCGAUAAGGCCUGGAGCGCUAGGUCCUGUGCUCAAUAUCAAUGCAGCGACAACGGCCUUUUUACCUCCAAUACUGGUCUCUGACUUGUUGGCUACAUCGCUCAGCCAAAAUACUGUUGAGAAGAUGUUGAGGGGCAAGCGCGUCAGGCUAAUCUACCGACGACAAGAGUUCCAAGAGACCAAGGACGCUGGAUUCUCCAUGAACGACGACCUUCCGCGCACAAAGGUCUUUCAACAGUUUGGUUUACCUGCAUCUGAGCAGAGGUUCUUCACAGUUCUUGCUAACGAGCAAGGCGCCAAGGUCGACGUCAGCCCAACAGAUAAGGGUACCUCCGUUAUCGAAUACUUCAACGGUGAGGAAAUCUCAGACUCUCCAUUUUAUAUUACGCUAACAUCUGUAGAAAUGAAAGCAGAAAUGCUAGGUAGCUUGUCACCUGCUCAACUUCUAUGCGUCAAUGUCGGCAAGCGCGUUCAAUCAUCUAGAUCGAAAGAUGCAGGCAAACUAACAUUUAUGCGUCAGCAGACCUUGGACGGCGCUCAGUGGAUCCCUGCUUGUUUACUCGAGAUCAUGCCUUUUCAGCCAAUGACAGGGCAGAUGAACCCAAAGCAUACUGCUGAGAUGAUGAGGCAUGCUUUGCACUUACCCGCGGAGAACGCAGCUCUGAUUGAUCAAGAGGGCCUCCGGAUCCUUGGUCUCAAAGAUCAAAUCGAGGAUCAAGAAGACACGACUAGCAAGAAGUAUCUCGACCAAGGCUUUCAGCUCGACAACAAAUUGAUAUCAUUGGCCGCCAGGUCUUUGGAACUUCCCCGUCUGUCGUACGAGAAGCGCGGUGACCCCGACGUCGAACACACCGUCAGUACACAGUCUCAUACAAAAUUCCAGCCACUUAUUCACGUCGACCGGUCAGCUUGGAAUCUUCAAGGCGCGGCAUUCAUUAAGCCUGGAACGCUGAAAAACCUUCACGUCGUCGGGCUGCCGGGAUGUCGUCAAGAACACAAAUUGGCUAUUGUCAAAAAGGAUUUCACUGAGCAAUUGUGUGCUCACCAUGUUCACACCACGUCUGGAGACCAUGCUAACCAGUUGGGGCAAUACAAAGGAAUUGAAGAAGAUCUCAAAUCCUGGUUCACCAUGUGCCAGCGGAAUGACUGCAACCUUGUCUUAUUGGCCGAGAAAGACUUCGACAAAUACGCAAAGAUCAAACGGACUGGCGAUUUUGAAGGGUACCACACCAUCUGCGCUAUCGGCAGCAAAAUCCAAGAUGACAGGAACAACGAUCAUAACAAGACCGGCAAUCGUUGGCAGCAUCUCUCCAACUUAGCCCUCAAAGUCAAUUUGAAGUUGGGUGGGGACAAUCACUGGCUUGACAACGAGAUGUUGGAUAAGCUACUAGGUGAAGAGGAAUCCAGACGAAGCACCAUGAUCUUAGGAUCAGAUGUCACCCAUCCCGGCAACGGCUCGAAGAUUGGUACACCCAGUAUCGCCGCCGUUGUGGGUACUGUUGAUGCUCAGUUCAUGAGCUACCGCGGUUCGAUGAGACUUCAAGCUGGUGGCCAAGAACAGAUUGAUGAGGCGAAUCUCCGCAGUAUGGUCAAAGAACGGCUUGAGACUUGGAAGUCGUGUAACGAUGACAAGCUUCCGACCAGGAUCUUGUUCUAUCGCGACGGUGUCUCUGAGUCGCAGUUUUCCAACGUGGAGAAGUUCGAGAUCCCGCAGAUCAGAGAGGCGUAUCUUGAGGCUGGAGGCAAUGCUAAAGACCUCAGUGUAUGCUUUUUCGUUGUCAGCAAACGUCACCAUACACGAUUCUACGCUGCCACUAAGAACGAAACAUACCAGUCUCGAGAGAAGACCCAGGGCGUGUUCCGACACUUUCAAAACGGCAACGUCAAAGCUGGCUUACUUGUAGACAGUGUGGUCACAGCGCCUAAGCCCCUGAACUUCUUCUUGCAAUCUCACACUGCGAUCAAAGGCACCGCACGUUCAGCCCACUACUACGUACUCCAGAACGACACGGACAUCGGGACCGCGAACCUGCAGAAGUUGACGAUGAUGCUAUGCUACACCUUUGGUCGAUCGACGACCGGUGUCUCGUACGCAACCCCGGCAUACGCCGCGGAUAGGUUAUGCGACCGCGGUAGAUCUUACAUUCGUCACUGGGCAGAGGAUGAAUUUGCCGAUCCUAUCUUUGAGUACGACACGUAUCAUGACGGAAACGGAAAAGAACGCAAGCCCACCGACGUCGAGAUCUUAUCCGAGAAACGAGCGAUGGUUGACAGGCUCUUGCACUCUCCCGAGGUCUGGGGCAAGAAUUACCACGACAACCCAAAUGACAACAGUAAGCCGCUCAGGCUGAACCCAUGGCACCCAAACCUUGACCAAGGUAUGUUCUGGAUGUAA